CGCGACCCAGCGCCCAGGUGUGCCGCCCCGAGAGGACCGCGCGAAGGUCACCCCGCGCCCGCCAGCCCGUCCGCCGCCCGCACCUCCGCCGAGCCCCGCGCGCCUCGCCGGCCCCGCCGCGUCUCCGCCCGCCCGUCCGACCGCCCGAGCCCCGCGCGCCCCACCGCAGCCCCGGCCACCCGAGCGCCAUGAACCAGAUCGAGCCCGGCGUGCAGUACAACUACGUCUACGAAGAUGACGAGUACAUGAUCCAGGAGGAGGAGUGGGACCGCGACCUGCUCCUCGACCCGGCCUGGGAGAAGCAGCAGAGGAAGACCUUCACUGCCUGGUGUAACUCCCACCUCAGGAAAGCUGGCACUCAGAUCGAGAACAUCGAGGAAGACUUCCGGAAUGGCCUUAAGCUCAUGCUGCUUUUGGAAGUCAUCUCAGGGGAAAGGCUGCCCAAACCUGACCGAGGAAAAAUGCGAUUCCACAAAAUCGCUAACGUCAACAAAGCCUUGGAUUACAUAGCCAGCAAAGGCGUGAAGCUGGUGUCCAUCGGGGCGGAAGAAAUUGUUGAUGGCAACGUGAAGAUGACGCUGGGUAUGAUCUGGACCAUCAUCCUGCGCUUUGCUAUUCAGGAUAUUUCCGUUGAAGAAACCUCUGCCAAAGAAGGUCUGCUGCUUUGGUGUCAAAGGAAGACCGCUCCUUAUAGAAAUGUGAACAUUCAGAACUUCCACACCAGCUGGAAAGACGGCCUUGGACUCUGUGCACUCAUCCACAGACACCGGCCCGACCUCAUUGACUACUCAAAGCUGAACAAGGAUGACCCAAUAGGAAAUAUCAACUUGGCCAUGGAAAUUGCAGAGAAACACCUGGAUAUUCCCAAAAUGUUGGAUGCUGAAGACAUUGUGAACACUCCCAAACCCGAUGAAAGAGCUAUCAUGACAUACGUUUCCUGCUUCUACCAUGCUUUCGCGGGCGCGGAGCAGGCCGAGACAGCGGCUAACAGGAUAUGUAAGGUUCUUGCUGUGAAUCAAGAGAAUGAGAGGCUGAUGGAAGAAUAUGAGAGGCUAGCGAGUGAGCUUUUGGCAUGGAUUCAGCGCACGAUCCCCUGGCUAGAGAACCGGACCCCUGAGAAGACCAUGCAGGCCAUGCAGAAGAAACUGGAGGACUUUCGGGAUUACCGCCGGAAGCACAAGCCUCCCAAGGUGCAGGAGAAGUGCCAGCUGGAGAUCAACUUCAACACCCUGCAGACCAAGCUGAGGAUCAGCAACCGGCCGGCCUUCAUGCCCUCUGAGGGCAAGAUGGUGUCGGACAUCGCGGGCGCCUGGCAGCGGCUGGAGCAGGCGGAGAAGGGCUACGAGGAAUGGCUGCUGAAUGAGAUCCGGAGGCUGGAGCGCGUGGAACACCUGGCAGAGAAGUUCCGGCAGAAGGCGUCCACGCACGAAACCUGGGCUUACGGCAAAGAGCAGAUCUUGCUGCAGAAGGAUUACGAGUCGGCGUCUCUGACCGAAGUCCGGGCUCUGCUGCGGAAGCACGAGGCAUUCGAGAGCGACCUGGCGGCGCACCAGGACCGCGUGGAGCAGAUCGCGGCCAUCGCGCAGGAGCUCAAUGAACUGGAUUAUCACGAUGCUGUGAACAUCAAUGAUCGGUGCCAGAAGAUCUGUGACCAGUGGGACAGGCUGGGAACACUCACUCAGAAGAGGAGAGAGGCCCUGGAGAGAACUGAGAAAUUGCUGGAAACCAUCGAUCAGCUUCACCUGGAGUUUGCCAAGAGAGCUGCUCCUUUCAACAACUGGAUGGAAGGCGCCAUGGAGGAUCUGCAAGAUAUGUUCAUUGUCCACAGCAUUGAGGAAAUCCAGAGCUUGAUCACCGCCCACGAGCAGUUCAGGGCCACGCUGCCCGAGGCGGACGGCGAGCGGCAGUCCAUCCUGGCCAUCCAGAACGAGGUGGAGAAGGUGAUCCAGAGCUACAGCAUCAGGAUCAGCUCGAGCAACCCCUAUAGCACCGUCACCGUGGACGAGAUCCGGUCCAAGUGGGACAAGGUGAAGCAGCUCGUGCCCGUCCGGGACCAGUCGCUGCAGGAGGAGCUGGCCCGCCAGCAUGCCAACGAGCGUCUGCGGCGCCAGUUCGCUGCACAGGCCAAUGCCAUUGGGCCCUGGAUCCAGAGCAAGAUGGAGGAGAUUGCCCGGAGCUCCAUCCAGAUCACGGGAGCCCUGGAGGACCAGAUGAAUCAGCUGAAGCAGUACGAGCACAACAUCAUUAACUACAAGAACAACAUCGACAAGCUGGAAGGCGACCAUCAGCUCAUCCAGGAGGCCCUGGUCUUUGACAACAAGCACACUAAUUACACCAUGGAGCACAUUCGUGUGGGCUGGGAGCUGCUGCUGACGACCAUUGCCAGAACCAUCAACGAAGUGGAGACCCAGAUCCUGAUGAGAGAUGCAAAGGGCAUCACCCAGGAGCAGAUGAAUGAGUUCAGAGCCUCCUUCAACCACUUCGACAGGAGGAAGAAUGGCCUGAUGGAUCAUGAGGAUUUCAGAGCCUGCCUGAUCUCCAUGGGUUAUGACUUGGGUGAAGCUGAGUUUGCCCGCAUCAUGACCCUGGUGGAUCCCAACGGGCAGGGCACCGUCACCUUCCAAUCCUUCAUUGACUUCAUGACCAGAGAGACGGCCGACACUGACACCGCCGAGCAGGUCAUCGCCUCCUUCCGAAUCCUGGCUUCCGACAAGCCGUACAUCCUGGCGGAGGAGCUGCGCCGAGAACUGCCCCCUGACCAGGCCCAGUACUGCAUCAAGAGGAUGCCCGCCUACUCAGGCCCAGGCAGCGUGCCCGGCGCCCUGGAUUACGCCGCCUUCUCCUCCGCGCUCUACGGGGAGAGCGAUCUGUGAGGCCGGGGUUCUGUAAUCGCUGGUCCCAGCAGAAUGCAAUAAAAGCUCAAGUUAUAGUUUG